AUGCAAGUCACUCAAUAUGAUCUCACAGAUCUCCUUGCUGCUUCUUUUGAAGCCCUUGGCAGAAACUGCAUCGUUGGCCAAGAUCUUAUACGUUUCGGCAAAUUGCUGGAACUCGAUUCUGUUUGGAUAUCCAGAUCUGGCAAUACGAAUACCUUCCAAGACACCAUUGCAUCUCAGCUGUUCCAAAACAAGCUUCUUGUCAAAUUGAUUAGGUGUCUUGCUCGUGUUCGUUCUAAAUCUUCCGCUUCUUCUAGCGGCUCCUCCUUUAACAGGAGAGUCAGAAACAUUAGCCAUCAUCUGAGCCGAAGAAUCAAAAAGAUCCUGGAUAAAAGAGUCUUUAGAAUUGGAAAGCAACUCAACAAGAGUGUUGCUCAAUGGAUCCUUGUUCUUAUCAAGCCACCCCUCAACUGA